GGUAAAUUCAAAACGCAACAGUCUGCUGGUAACCACCGCGCGAGCCUCACUUUCGACGACUCGUAACUUGACUCUGUGAAUAGAACGAAAAAUAAGUCUCGCAACGGUAGUCGUAUUGAGUUAGUGAUGCGCUAGUGUUUACUGUAUGUGAUUUUUUUAUUCGAGAGGAUAAUUUGAAUAUGUGUGGCGCGCGGCUGUUGUUAGCCGCCACGGCGCUGCAGGCCCUGAUCUUGGCAGUCAGCUGUGGCCAUCGCCGUUCUGUGCCAACUCAAGCGACUGCGCCCAUAUCGAAAAGUGGCUGGAGACCGGUAGUGGGAUCCGGUGGAAUAGUUUACUCAUUCGGUGGUCCGGUCCACGCGCCUUCUUACAAAAUACCGGUGCCUGUGUUGGACUAUCAAUCGUCUGCAAGACCGCUACCAGCCAGAGACGUGACAAAGCUAUCUUCGAUCGCACAGUCAUACCGUCCAACGACAUUGAGAACUGUAGCCACACAAUCUCCUCACGUCAACCAACCAAUCAAUUCCUAUCACAACCCUUACGUUUUAAGCAACGGACUCUCUUACAAAUACAUCCAGAACAUUCCCCUCGAUACGUCUUAUAUCAGGAAUCCUCACAAUCCAUUCGCGCGACCGGUGUUUUCCAAAUAUCCGACGAAGUUCAAGCAACAGGCUCAGAACAAUGCGUUGCAACAGCUGACUAGCCUCCAACCUAAUUAUUUCGGCCAGUACCAAACACCGAAGCCCACGGAUAUAUUCGGGAAACCGAUAAACGAUUAUGUGAGCCCGAACGUCGUUAAGAAUUCUCAGGCGGCGUCAAUGGAAAUCUUCAAACCUGAAGUGUAUAAGCUGCCAGAUACGAACGCAGCUUCUCAAUCGGUCAGUCAGCAAGUGAAGACAGCACAGCAGCAGAACUUCGGCCCUCAAACGUUCAAUCACUUCCCUCAGUACACAUUCCAAGACGCUGCAUUACCGCACAGUAUAUUAGGUGCCUUCGGAAAUUUUGGUAUCCAAACCUACAAGGGUCAUGAUCCAGUAUACCCCAACACGAAACAAACGUUAUCACCUGCUCAAACACAAAAACAGACAAUCUUCAAUUCAUUCAGUUACAAUCCGAAUUACAAAUCAACACCCAACCAGUUUAUCUCAACAACACCAAGACUUCAAACUACGGCCAAUUUUAAUAACAAUUACUUUGUUUCAACCUUAGCCGAUUACAAGGUUACACCUCCGCCAAACUCGAAAGUAGCGACGGCACCUAAGAUAGAUCCCAACGCCGGAGCAAAAGAUUCAUUUAAGCCAAGCCCUCAAGAUCCAUUUAGCAAAAACUAUGCGACAGACUUUAAUAAAGUAACCACAUACAAUCCUGUGCAAACUACAACGACUGCAAACGCUUUUUACGAGUACAGCUUCCCCCCGCAACAAGCGUCACAAUUACAAAACUAUUUCGACCAACAGAACGCUAAUUACAAUUACGAACAGAAGAAACAGAAAGUAAAUGACAAUGUCGCUUCUAGUGUCAACCAGCAUUCUAAUCAAUAUGAGAUCCAAAAAGUAGAAUCCCAAGCUAUUUCGAAUUCUCCCCGCCGACCUACGUACGAGGUUAUUGAAACCACGGAGCCAGAAGUAAACACCCAUUCGUCAUCAACAAGUUGGACUUUGACGUCUCCAUCGUACGCGAAUAACGACAUUAAGUCCACUGAGCAGUCGUUUAAUAAAGAGGAUUACGAUGGUGUCUAUACCAAACCAACAACAACGCCAUUACCUCAACUUCCCGAUGAGUAUGCCAUUGAGAAUCAGCCCGAUAAGAGUUUGGAACACUUUUUCAAUUAUGACGGACAAGUUGAGUCUCAAAGUAGACGACCGCUAGGCGAUGACUUUGAGCCAAUCGGAAAACAUAAGCUCAAAGAUUAUUACUACAGAGUAUCUACACCUGCUUACAAUGAACAAAACGCGAAACGAACGAAAAAUCCAUCCGACGCAACUAGAGUAUCCGUUUCUGUCGAAACAAGUACUUCGUCGAGCAAAGAUAUCAAUGGAAUACCAUUAGAAACAUUGCCUACACUACCUCCUAACCGCCAUUUCAAACGACCUAGUUCUUCAGAGCCCCUUGACAAAGACAGAAUUCGUAAAAGAAAUAAGAUAAGGAGACGCCGUCCUAUUGGCAGUAGAUCGAAGGAAGAAAUCAGCACUCGACCUAAUAUUCAAACUAGUGAGAUUCCGCAAACUACUGAAGUUGACGAGGUUCACACAAUUAGGCCAAGAAUCAGACCGACAUAUCAACCGAACACUACCCCGACUGUAACAACCGAUUCAACUACAAGCGGUUUACCUACAAUCACUCCCACGGUACCAGGCUUAAUAAAAAAGAAAUUAGUACACCGCCGACCAAUCACCACUACUGAAAGACCAGAAACAACAACAUCUGUACCAGUCAAGGAGGACUCAAGUAAAGAAUCGUCAAUUAUGAAGAUUACAAGUCGUCCACAAUUUCCCAAGCUUACACCGUCUGUGUACGAAAUACCGGAUUAUAGUCACAAGCAGGAUGAAAAAGAUACUCCUACUAGCGACGUUGCUGUGAGCAUAAACGAUUCAUACAAAAACUCUGUGAAAAAUGUUCAAGAGUUUUCAUUCCAUAAAGACGUCAAGCCCAUCGAAGCUAAAUUAGAACCAGUUACGAAUCAACGUUAUAGAGAAACUACAACUGAACAGUCUAGUGAAUUCGAUACAAACGGCGAAGUCACUACUACGAUUCGUCCAGAUACUACUUCUGUCGUUGGAAAUGGUCAAAGACCUAGACUCAGGAACAAAUAUAAUCGUCCUAAAUUCAGCGUCAAAGACUAUAGAAACAGAAUGGGAUCUACAACAAGCACUACAGAAAAGCCUGUUGAAAAUACACCAAAAUUGAGAUACCCUCAUAGAAGAGUACCCUACAAUGAAAACCUUAACACUGAAAGUGAAACUACAACUGAAAAGAAGAGAUUUACUCCCAAAGACCCGAGACACAAGCCUGAAACUGACUUAAACGAAGAAAAGGAGAAAGAGAUUCAUUCAAUUCGACAGCACUCUAGACAGAGGCACACUACGUCAGCUGAUGAAGUUGAGUCGACUUCGCCGAAAAUUUCAGCUCGCAUUCGCAACGGUCUCCGCAGACCCCGUCCGACAGAAGAAACCACUGAAACUACGAGUCAACAAAGUACGGUCCACCACAGAAGACCUCUGAGAAAGAAAAUCAAAGAUUCAGAAAUCGGAGAGUCCGUACAGGACUUUGCUGUGACCGAAACUACACCUUACGAAGUUAAAAAUGAAAUCACAUCAGAGAGAACGAGAUCCGAGAGUGCUAUUAUGAAAAUAGCCGACAAAAAGCAUCAUGAAAAUGUUGAAAAUCUGUUCGAACACUCAAAAAGAGUCUCAGACUUAACUUUAGCCGCUAGUAAAGAUUACAAUAAACCGGGUAUGUUCAAAACAUUGGGAACAAACAGUAGAAGAAUACCGAAUUAUUUCACCAUAGCGACCGACGAUCCAAUUCUGCCCAUAGAAGCAUUCUUUCCACAAUUAAAUCAAAAGAAAGACUCCUAAACAUAAUCAGUGAUUUUAUACCAAAACCUUUUUUCUGCCAAAGCUAUUGAAAUGGGCUAUUAUUACUUUGUAGUUUUUUAAGUAAGUUUAUAAACUCGUGAAAAUAUGCAUCAUUAUCUUCAAUUUGAUUUGUAUUUCUGUCUUCCUAAAAACCAAGAUGUACUGAAGUUUUAAAAAUAUAAUUUAAAACAGUGUUUGUAUAGAAGGUUUGUGUUUUCCAAAGAUUCAUCGCAAGGACUGCAGCAGUGCACAUUUAUUCGGCAAUAUAUCUCACUAUUUUUUAAUUACCCAAAACACGCUAUCUGCUGCUAAAAGUGGACUCUUAAGAGAAGUAAAAACGGUUUCAAAAUAUUUCCAAACACAAGUUACUUUACUGAUGAAAUAAUAAUAUUAAUUCGUUAUAAAUAUUACGCAAGUUCUUAACUCGCAAAUUAGAGCAUAUUAUGGCCAAACUAGGGGCAUAUUGUGGCCAAACUAGAACAUAAAUUAUGGUCAUAUUAUGGCCAAACUAGGGCAUAUUAUGCUGUAUGUAUAGAAACCUUCUUAAAAGGUUUUCUGUCGCCAAAUAUUCCUAAAUCUUGGCUGUUUUUCUACAUGAAAUAUAUUACUGUAUUUUUGAUACUUUCAAACUAGUGGUCUAUUAAAAACUAUUAUAGCCUCAUGUGUGUUUUGUAUGUGAUUAUGAAUUAUGAUAAACAGUUAUUGAAUGUCUCAUUUGCAUCAUAGCUUUUAAUUUUAAUUAUUUAUUAUAUUUCAAAUUUGUUUAAAUGUAGGUACUGUUGUUAAUUUCAAAUUUUAGAAACAUUAAAAUCUUAUCAUUAGAAUGUUUUAGCAUAGGUUAGCUACGAGAAGAUGUAAAUUCAAUAUUUAUAUUUUUAGUUUUUAAUGUGUGUAAAUAAAACU